CGUAGUUAGUCUCCAGUAGAAGCUGCCGGCCAGCGAUCCAGUCCACAUCAAUUUUUAAUUUUGGCAUUGCAUUUCUCUGACCUAGUAACUGUUCCAACUUUUCAGCUCUCGCUUCCAAUCCUGCUAACAGUAUUAACCGACUGACCCUGUAACUUGUGUAAGGCGUAUUCUUGCUGACGGCUCGACCAGAUUGCCACAGCCAUUAUAUUUUAACUAUCCAGUACCGUAUGUAAAAUUUCUUGUCCAAAAUGAACUACGCAACGGAUCUGCUGACUUGUCUACAUAUGGAGCCGAACGCAACGAUAUUCGCCGAUUCGCCAUACAGCUCCACGGGCUCAAUGGGCUCCGCUGUGCAGUCGGAAGAGCUCCUUGCUGACCUAUUUGGAGCAGGCGCGGCCUAUUGUGACGGUGCGCCGCAUGAAACCAAGGUAUUCGCCAGCCCGCUCACCAACACCGGACUGCUCCCGUCUCCGGACUGGGAUGACUCACUGUCGUUUAGCCUGCCAACACCACCGAGCAAGCAGCAGCAAAACCAGCAGCAGCACUUGACGUUCAACUUUGUGCCGCAGACCGUGUCGAAUACGCAGUCCAACAUGUUCAACGACGCGGAGACCUACUUGCCGUACAGCCCGUCCGUAUCUCCGGGCCCGUUCAGCCCGAACGCGGCGUCGUCCGAGCCUCCCAGUCCCGACCUGGAGCAACUCAAGGGCGAACUGGCGAUCUCCGACAACGACCUGCUGCAGCUGCCGGUGCGCGAGCUUAACCGCCUCAUCAAGGCGCUGCAGAUCGACGGCGAGAACGUGGCCCGCCUUAAGCAGCGGCGACGCACUCUCAAGAACCGCGGCUACGCGCAUAACUGCCGCCAGCGCCGCCAGGCCAUGCGCAGCACCCUGCACACGCAGCACAUGAGCCUGGAGAAGCAACUCAUCCAGGCCGUGCACGAGCUCAACGAGGUCAAGCAGGAGCGCGACAGCCUGAAGCACGAGACCGAGGCGCUCAAAAAGCAGCUGCACGGCAUCAGCAUUGGCGGCAAGCCGCAGCAAGUCUUGUAAAGAUCUGCUCACAACCAGGGCGUGGUUAUGGGAUGAACACGCCAGAGAGUCCUGUGAGUUCUCUCUCUCUCUCUCUCUCUCUCUCUCUCUCUCUCAAAUUCUUUGCUGACAAUCACCGCUAUCGUUACAAUACCUUCUGCUGCACUAGUCAAUUAACCAAUUAUGUCACUGCCUGUGGUACCCCAAUGACUACUGUCCUAGCUAACAUGCCUGCUAGCAAGCAGGCUUGCUGCAUUGUAUGAUUAAAAAAAACCCACCACUGCUGCUAUCUACAAUGUAUUUCCUGCUGUGCUUUGCACCUUGUUUGAUCCUCAAGCUGGCCUUGAGUUCCUUUCCCCGUUUCUAUGCCUCAUCUUUACCUACUGAUUACCGUAUUUGCUCACCACUACUCAAGCCUUGUUUGUCGUACGUUUAUAUUCGCUCCUAUGGUUCUCCUGCCAAUGCUUCCCUUAUCGUUCACUUCGCUGGGAGUGACUUGACGCUGCUGCUCGCAGCCUUUUAUUUGCUGCGCUGCUGUUGAUGUACCAUUGUUACUAGCAUCCCCUCCACUGCUUGAUCAACUGACAAACACGUGUUUGCUUGCCAGUGGAGGCUCGUCUUUUUGUCAAAGCGAAACUUGCGCUAUCUAACCCAUUCCUUUUAGGCCAUCAUCUUUGAUAUAUCUAUACUUUUUACAGCCUCUAUACUCUAGUUAGAAGUGCUAGACGUUGGUUACACAUGACUGGGCUUGGUGCACAAUGCCAGCCUGUCGUUUCACGUAUAUUUUUCUCUAUCCGAGCUAUAUAUUUACUCCAAUAUCACAUACUUUUCAACUUCAAGAUAAGUUUUUAAUUAAUUUAUGAUACCAAAACUGGCAA